AUGAGCAUUAUUAGUUUUGCACCGCUAACAAACCUCAGUUUUGGAUCGGGGAAGAAACCCGGAUGGUCUUCUGUGGUGGCGUGCCGUCGACGGUCUGCGAAGCCGGGAAAAGAACCGGAAAUUACUGCUGUAUUUCUAGACAGUAAAAAGAGUGAACUACGUGUAUGGAAAGAGAAAAAGGGAAUAACAACAUUACGAGAUGCAGGAAAGUAUUCUACACGUGUUGUGAAUACGGCAUGUGAUGGACCAUUUACAGCAGUUUUUUUCCAUCAUGAUAAAGGAAGACGAUUGGGACUUGCCAUUUUACAACAUGAUCUGACUAACAUUUCCCAUUUGGUAUCUAAUCCCUUUGAUUGUAGUGAGUCCCUUGACGCCAUACUUGAACCUUUGGUUUCAAAUCAGGAGAAAGAUAAAGCAUUAACGGCACUUUUGAUUCUUCAUUCUUCUUGCCUUAAAGAAACGAAUUCAGGUCUAGUAGUGAGUGCUGUGUUGUCCACACGCUCUGGAGAAGUUUAUGUGGUGAUUGGGGCUCUUUUCUCAAAUGUCUGGAAACGUUUUAGACUGGAGAACAGUUUUGGAGUACCUUCAUGUCUUUGCAUUCAUAAUGAACGUGUGAUUUCAGUUAUGAACUGUACUGUAGGUUUACCCGUAGACCAUACAAUUGCCGUGAUGGCACCGACAGUAGAGUUGGCUUUAUCGGUAUUUGAUCAGGCACGUCUGGAUGCUUGUAAUGAGAAAAAUGAAAGUACGAAACCAUCAUCGAUGGGAACAUCCGCGAGGUGUGUGUUACUUCGUGAGUCUAUUUUUUCACUUGAUGAUGGGGAUGCGAUUGUUCAAUUAUGCUAUCAGAGCCAAAGUUUUCGCUUCACUGGAAAAGGAGACGAAGGAAGAGGAGGAGGGGAAGAAGAAUUGCAAUCAAAACCAUCAUGUCGUCUAUUUCUUGAUAACGAGAAUCUACGCUACGCUAUUGUGGUAUCACUCCCUACACAAAGUUAUAUUGUACAUAUGAGACGAUCCUCUCUUAAUAUGGAAUUAAUGUCUACAUGUACAAAGAUAGCAUCUCAGUGUGUUAUUCCUCAUAGUUUGACGUGGCUUCAAUUAGAACAUCCUUUAAGACCUGAAAGUGGUCUUCAAGUACUCUUAAUGCUUUCACAGGAUUAUCGCCUCUAUGCUGCUGAAGUAUUUGGGGAUGCUAUUUCUGUUCAGAUAGCUGAUUCUGACGAUAUGGUUUAUUUUAUUCCUCCUAAGAAAUUUCGUGUGAAAGUAGAACCUGUACCUGAAGGUUCUAACGAUACAACACGACUCAUGCGAGUUUCUAGUGAUGAGUUGAUUUGCACCAAUGGAUUAUUGGGAGUAGUGCUGCAGGUAACAGGAAUCACCAUUGAUGGAGAUGCCCCACAUCCACCACUUCCUCUUCAAUUUGAUAUGGAUAAGGAAGGACCUGAAAGACGAAUUAUGACACUUGUACGUUGUUUACAAUACAUGGAAAAGUUAUCAAAAUCAGGAAGUACAGACCUUCUUCAUCUUAUUUUUCAGCGUGUAUUGCCGGUACUUCAAUGUACGGGAUCAUCACAACGUGAAGUGUUUCUCACACAGCGGAUGUUUCAAACACUUUUAAAAAUAGCCACACCCAAAUCAGAUACAGAGUGGAAACUUAUGUGGUGUCUAACAAAAUUUCUACAAAAAACACUUUCUAAACGAGGGCGUGAUAGUACGAUGGUAUAUACAGAUAUUUUCUUUGUAUACUUAGUGGGAAACUAUGUGAAUUCUAAUGGAACAAGUGAUGAACAAGAACAAGCAAUAGAAGCACUUUUAAGUGUUGUAUCGGAUGAAUUAAAAACUGCUUGGGAAGAGUUUAUGCAAAAACUUGAUGAUAAAGUUUCUUUUGUAUUAGAUAGUUUGGCAGAACGUAUUUCACCUGUUCUUUUGGCAGAAGAAUGUAUUCGUCAUUUAAUUAUUGUAUCAACCCUUUCAAAUGGUACACAUGUGGUACAAGUGAAGGCCAAUGCUUCCCAUAUAGUUCAUACCAUCGCCUAUGUUCUCUUGGCUUCUUGUUUGAAUAUACCACUCUAUGUCUCUGUAGAUGAGAUGGGACACUUGGAGUGCUGUGUAAAUCCACCAACAACAAGAACAACAACAAGAACAACAAAAACAAAUAGUGGUGGUGCUGGUGGUGGUACCACAGUCUUUGUGCCACCACACACAUUUAAGAAUACCGCUACUUUUGAGUAUGCGCUCACACUUUCUACGGAUCUUCUUUGUACGGCAGCACCAGAUACACCAUUAACAUCAUGUGCUUCAGCUCUCUUGUCCAUGUUGUUGGCAAAACGGUAUCAUGUUGUAUCUACGUUUUUACAAGUUUUCGCCCUUCAUUUGGCUGAGUAUUUUGCCUCAAUGGAUUCUCUCUGUGAUAAUGUACAACUUAUUACAAGUUGUGCAGAUGCGGUUUCCCUCUCAGGGGCGACACUUUUUAAAAAAUUCGUUGCAGACCCAUCACCAUCGGCUAUUCUUUCUGUUCUUUCUAAUGGUUCAAUUGUUAAUGAUUACUUUAAUGUGAUUCUUUGGCGCCAAAUUGGGAGUAUUCUUAGUGAAGAGAUGCGAGCAUUUAUUAUUCUCUCAGUCCUUUAUGCAAUGACAGAUCGUUUAAUUGCCGCACAAAAUAAUUAUUCGACAAGUAUAAUUAAAGUUCUCCUACAGGAAAAACCAGAAGAUCCAUUACGAGAGGAAUCAGUAAAAAUGUGUAGGAAAAGAUUAAAAGUUGUAUUGGAUAGACUUGAACAACUAUGGGCAUCUGUUGAAGGAUGGUCACCAUACAAAGUUACAAGUAUUGCGAGUAGUGUACUUUCAUCCUGUACUGCUAGACAAGAUGCAGAAGGAGAAAGACCUAAACUAUCUCAUGGAUCAGCUGUCUCGCGUUCAUAUGUUGUAUGUUUUCGUAUGUUAAGUUUGAUUAGUUAUUCAUACCAAACUGAAGAAAAUAUUAUAGAAAUCAUAGAUAAAGCUAAUGAUGGGAAAUCGAUUGUAUCUGCUGCUUUUACUUUACUUUUAGCCAUUGAUAGACUUAAUGGGACUGCGUUGCCUAUUGAGUCUCUCCAAUGGCGUUGUGUGGAUCUUGCAGCUGCAUCUAUAGAGAUAUGUUCCCAUACACCUGGUUUGAGUGGUUUCUUAUUAGAAAUGCUUCACCUUUCAGAGGCUUCACAGACAAAUAUAACAUCACUUAAACAAUACUACUAUUCUGUUGUGGAUCGUCUUAGUGAGGUAUCAAAGUCUGAUAGCGGAAACUCCGACUAUCACAAUCUUCAAGAACAAUUAUCAGAACAAAAAAAGAAAUCUUCUUCUGCUUCUGCUGCUGCUACGGUUGCCAUUUCAUCAAAGAUGACAAAUAAAUUUUUUCUUUGGUCAAAAAAGGCUGGUGCAGAAGUACCUGAAUGGCCAGGUGAUCAUAAUCUUCCCACCCGUCGGUAUUUAAUUAACGCUGAUUGGGUGGACACAAUGUGGCCAAUUGAGUUUAUACCAGAGUUGAUUGAGGAGUGUCUUCGCAAAGCCCAAGAACGUGUACUCUCUCGCAGCAUCACAGAAGCUUCUGAAGAAGUAGAGCUUUCACCGCCCUUUUCUCACGCAUUGUUUCAUCAACUCUGCAUGCUCUCUCCACCAGUCCGCACACACGCUUUACUAGCACCAAAUGAAGUGAAUAUUGCCGCCAGCAGAACAACUGUACAGAUGUCAAGAGCACCACAAUCAUCACAGAAGAGUCUUAUUGCAGACAGUCGAAUAGCAUCCGUACCACAACAGAGAGCACAGUUAUCACCUGAUCGAAAGUCACCUUCAGGACCUUCAACCCGGUUAAAAAUAAGUGAUGAACUUUUGACAACUUCUUCAUCCUUGUCAUUAUCCUCUUCUUCUUCAUCAUCAUCUUCAGCUUCUUCAACGUCAUUGUAUUCGUCGUCGCCAUCGCCGUUGAAGGAAGGUACUCAUGCUAGGACUGGUCUCCCUCCUCAAUCUAAUAACGUACCUCUUAAAUCACCUCCCAAAUCAAAAUCUCAUCCUCGUAUUCAAUCUCCAGGUGUAGUUGGUCAACCCACUGCUGUUGGUGCUGACGUUAUCUCUUCCUUAUAUCCCCCUGAGAGUGUUGCAUGGUGGGAGACAGGUAACACAACUGACGAGGUUUUGAGACGACAACGUAUUCUUGAAGAGACAUUAGGUGGUAUCGAUAUUGAAAUAACCAACAGCGCUACAUCAUACACAACAGCCACUAGUGAAAAAUGGACACAACCACUUGAUAAGGCUAAGGAAUAUUAUCGUUCCUCAAGUCAUCAUUCACAGCACCGCUGUAAAAGACAUGGUAGAUAUCAUUAUCGUUGCGCUAAACAUAGACAUCAGGGAACGCAUAUGGAUCAUGGACACUCUCCUUUCAAGUCAUACCGCCAUGCUUUACAUGAUGGGGAUGAUAUUGAAGUACAUCAUUUAUCACGCAAGGUUUUAUCCGUAUCACCCAAGAGAGAGAUACCAACAGGUGUUCAAUUACUGAAAUUUAACAGUAAACUUGAGCCACCACCACUUCCACCGGGGUUGAAGGGUAAGAUACCUGAACAACCUGUGCAGUUACAGAGGAUGCAGGAGGUGGAUGAGAUGAUACCACCUCGGUUGAUCUCACUGCACGCAAAGCCGCACAUCCCACGUGUGACGUUAUUUGGUUUGGGAAAUGUAGGAGGAGUAACUAACAUGCGUGAUAUUGGAACUAAUGCCCCUCCUCCGUUUCUUGCGAGUGCACCUGCAGUUCCACAGGCCCUUGUCCCACCAGCACUGCCGCCAAGCUCUGUGUUUGUGGACCCACCACCGCUGUUGAGAUUGAAUCCCCCAGUGAGUGUGAAGACCGCGCAGCAAGCGUCUGUGGCUCCAGUCACGACAGUAGGGAAUGUGCAGCGUGAGGACCACCGUGUUGUGGAGAAUGAAGAAGUACCAGUCCCCGUGUUUUCCACACAGCAACCAAAGCCACAAGUCUAUCAACAGCAGCAACAGCCAGAAGUGUCUCAACAGCAACCAAAACCACAGGUCUAUCAACAACAGCAACAGUCACAAGUGUAUCAACAGCAACCGAAGCCACAGGUCUAUCAACAGCCACCACAAGCACAAGUGUAUCAACAGCAACCAAAACCACAGGUCUAUCAACAACAACAGCCACAAGUGCCUCAGCAGCAACCACAACCACAGGUCUAUCAACAACAACAGCCACAAGUGCCUCAGCAGCAACCAAAACCACAGGUCUAUCAACAGCAGCAACAGUCACAAGUGUAUCAACAGCCACCACAACCACAGGUCUAUCAACAACAGCAACAGCCAGAAGUGUAUCAACAGCAACCACAACCGCAACCAUAUCAACAACAACAACAAGAGAGACAACGAGAACAGCCACUUGGACAACCUUAUUUUCCACGAACUACGUCACCGCCUCUGGCGCAAGGGAAUAUUGGAAUGGUACCACCUUUCUUGGUGUAUCAAACUCACUCAAGCGCUCCAACCAGUGGUACUGGUGUUGGCGUUUACCCGCAGAAGGAAGAAAAACCAAUGGUAGCAGAGGAACCGAAGCCACAGGUUUCAAAUGUUCCUCCAGUGUCAGAAUCUUUCUUUUCACCGUCAGAGGGUGCGGUACGUCCGGUGUCUGCAUUAGUAAAAGAGCCUCUUCUUUCACCUGCAGAGAAUGUUGCAUUUCGGAUGUAUGUGGAUGAGUUGAAGAUGAAAGGAAGUGCUAAUCCUGCACUGUUGGUUCCCAGGACAGCGGAACCUUCUUCCUUACCUGCACCAGUGCAAUCUGCCGCCUCUGGACAGGUGAGUGCGCCAUCUUCUGAUAGUCAACAACAGCAGGUACUCUUAGAAGCUAUGAAGGCAAUGCUUCUCCAACAUGAAGAACAUCAGGCGAAGCAGUUUAAGGAAGUUGUUGAGGCAAUUAAAACUAGCAUGCAGAGGAUUCCCACCAUAAUGGAGAGUAGUGCGGCUGCAAACCGGCAAGUACAGGGAUUAAGCGCUAUAGAACAAUCAGAAUUGCUGCGUCAUACUAUUAGUCAAAAGAACCGUCUCAUGACGAUGAAUCAAGAGUUGUUAGAUCUGCAAGCGCGGGUUCAGACUCCCUCCUUGUCUUUAUCAAACAAACAAGUCCAAACUUCUGUUGUUUCACAACCUAUUUCAAGAAGUGAAGAAGAACGUACUACAGUUCCACCUCCUGUGCCUCUUCCAGUUCCUGUGAACCUCAAUACUUUAACCACAGCAGGAAAAAGUGAUGCGACUGCAGUGUCUUCUGGAGCUCCACUGGGUACAAGUAUGGUAAAGAAUGAGAAUGUGCACACCAUGGUACCAGCAGUACCUGUAGUGUCAGCAGUACCUGUAGUGUCAGCAGUACCUAUAGUGCCUGCAGUAUCUGCAGUACCUUCAGCACCUUCAGUGCCUGCCGUGCCAGCAGCACCUGUAGCAACAGGAGUACCUGCAGUGCCUAUAACAACAACAAUAGCUCCACCACCACCACCACCAAGAACAACAACAACAACGACACUAUCAGAUCAGAUGGUGGAUACUAAGAAUAUUCGUAGUGAUGUGAUCAAUGUAGUUGCAGAUAUUCCUUCUUCCAUGAGCAUUGAUCGUACCUUAUCUGGACUUUCCCAAAUAAAUGCUGAACUGUUAAGAGCUAACGCCACAGCAGAAGACAUGGAACGGGCUAUUCAAGAGUCACGAGGUAUUUUGCAGAGACAUAGUUCAUUAGGUAGUUUAUAUUCAGGUGCGCUUGAAAGUUCUCUCAUGAUGAAUGCAGCUCGCAGACGUACAUCCGCUCUUGAACAAGAACUCAGUGCACUGAAUACUAGUAGUGCUUUGAAACCACAAAUAUAUGAUAAUGCAAGGAGGAGUAUUGUUAUUGAAACACAUCGUGAACAACCCAAGAGGGAGGAGCCUUCACAUCAACACACAUUUAUUUCAUCAAGCGUAGAGGGUUAUAGUACAGAGGCUGUUCAAGAAAAAAUACCUAUAAACACAUCAUCGCCGUCUAAAUAUUAUUUCACAAGUGAACACGUAGAAUUUAAGGAUAAUUCAGAUCAUCAUCUUCCUAAGUCAUCAUCUCCACUUCCACUUCCACCUCAGAGGGAUUCUCCAAAGGACCGUAGUACUGCUGCUCUUUCUGUUGAGAGUCAUGCGUUUGCCUCUCAUAUGGAUGAGAGACUUGGAAAAGAUUCCUCAUUACUGGAUCAUACUUCAGAUAAAGGAGCAAGGAAAGCUCAAAUUUACACUUCUACUAGACGUUCUAAUACAGGAAAACCUAUAACUACAUCUACUGGUGCUCUAAUAACCAAUAUUGGCAAUAAGAAAGAGACUUCGCUACAGCGUCAAACUGAGGUUUCACCCACACAAGAACCGAUAGACUUGGGUCGGUUGUACACAUCAGCUCUUUCUACAGGUGGAAAGCAACCAAUACGAAAGAGUUCCACCCCGGCAAAGAGCCGGGCGAAGGUUCACUUAACUCCAAAAGAAGUACCAGAGAAAUUUUCCAUGUACUUGCCGGCUUCAGAUUUGAAAAAACCACAGCGUGUUGGGAGUAAAGCUGCUACAUCUGCGAUUGAACCGAGCGAAGGUUCGACGAAGAAUAGGGUAACGAUGACCACCACUACGACAACACCGGUUAAGCGUAGUAGUACAAAAGUUCCUUCUAGCAGCAGGGAUAGUAAGAGGCGGGAUACGUUAGCACUGCAUACAUCGAAGCGGCUCGCUGAUCUUCAGAGAGCCUUCUUAUAG